CUUAAAAUGAGAUAGAUGUAUGUUAAAAGAGAGAUAGACAUCUGUUUGAUGGACUCUGCUAUUUUCAAAACUAUCUGGACCUCGGUUAAGCGAAACUUCGUCAGCGUGUUAUUUCCUACAACUACGGUGCUCACGAUUUACGCGGACCUGAGGCAUACUGCUCGUUGGAAGCGCCAACUUGCUGAACAGCAGACAAGUGAGACUACGCCAAGACAUGAGUCUAUUUCGAAGUCUAUCUGAACACAAACAUAUCUGGAAGCU